AUGUCAUUCUCCUUCACAUCUUGUCUGAAGCCUAUCACGACACUCGCCACAAAACCGCUUCAAAAACUGCCCCGAUCACGUAUAUCUCAAUCGAUCGCCACUCAAGUCACCACAUGCAAACAAUUUCAUACUAAUUCUUCCGAAUGUAUUCAAAAAACCUCAUCAACACUAGACCGACAUCCAAGAGCACGUCUAUUACCAGUUUACGAACCACCGCCACCUUUUCCAGCUCCUGAAGAUGUAACAGCAUUGAUGUCAUUCCGAGAUCCGCCAGUCAGCGUACCACCGCUAGAACAUCCAUUACUUGGCUAUAUCACCGGUCUUUUGAUGCGUAAAGGAAAACGAACAAUUGCUCAAAAACAUUGUGUAAUCUUAUUAUCGCAUCUUCGAUUGAUUACCAAUCAAGAACCACUACCACUUCUUACUAAGGCUGUGGAACUUGCAAGUCCAAUGGUUUUAACACGUACUGAACAGAAAAGGAUCAAGGUCACUACUGUUCCUGUCGCUCUACAGGAACGUCAGAGACUUAGGAAAGGGAUUCUUUGGAUGGUCAAACAGAGUGAAAGGAGACCGGGAAAAAGAUUUGGUGAACGAUUGGCAAUGGAGGUGAUCGCUGUGCUAAACGGGACAUCUGAAGUAUUAAAGCUCAAAGCAGAACAGCAUCGACUAGCGUUUGUGAACCGAGCAAAUUUGAGAACCCGAGUCACUCGAGCGUAA